AUGAGAGCAAUUUACGCCUUCCCGGCGACACUGGCCCUCGUCUAUCGAGCUUGGUCGCACCAGUCCCUGACCCCCGCAGGCAUCGCCGCCGCCGUCAUUACAGCUAUCGCGCACGCCUAUCAUCCGUGGAAUCUGCCGUUCGCGCUGCUCUGCACCUUCUUUCUUGCUGGAACGAGGGCCACCAAGGUCAAACACGAUGUCAAAGCACAGUUGACGAUGGCCUCGAGAGGCACAUCGGGAGGUGAAGGAGCACGCACCCAUGUCCAAGUGUUCGCCAACUCGCUCAUGGCCUCUUGCCUCUCCCUCCUGCAUGCAUACCAACUCAACAAGCGGAAGGACGCAAUCCUCGACACGACAACUCCGAACCCCUCAGGCACACUCUGCUUCUCAUGGGGCGGCGAUCUACUCGUGAUCGGAAUCAUCGCAAACUACGCCGCCGUCGCCGCCGACACGUUCAGCUCUGAACUGGGAAUCCUGGCCAAAGGAGAACCCCGCCUGAUUACAUCCCCCACCUUGCGCAAGGUCCCGCGCGGAACAAACGGAGGUGUUACACCCCUCGGCAUUGCUGCCGGCGCGCUCGGUUCCAUGAUCAUCGUCACGGCCUCCAUGGUAUUCCUCCCCCUGUGUGGGGACGACAGCGCCGGUAAGGUCGGCGGCGGUCUCGGCGCAUGGACGACCCAGCAGCGAUCAACCUUUAUGCUCGGAAUGACGCUCUGGGGCGUCCUCGGAAGUCUUCUCGAUAGCGUUCUCGGAGCUGUCUUCCAGCGUUCCGUAAGAGAUGUGCGGACUGGCAAGAUUGUGGAGGGCGAGGGCGGCACCAAAGUUCUCCUCGCCAGCGAUGCAAGCGAUCACGCGGACAAAAACCAGAAGCGCGCCACUGUCAAGGCCGCGGCGCUUCAUGGAGAGGGCAAGCGCGCCGUGGCAAAGAUGGAGGAGAAUGCAGGCGUCGACACUCUAGAGACCAGCGACUCGAAGAAGAGGUACGACCCCGAGGACAAGCACCGCAAGCCCACGAUGGGUGAUGCCAAGCCUUCGCGGGUUGCGGAGACUGGGUGGGACUUGCUGGACAAUAACGACGUGAACUUUCUCAUGGCGUUCACUAUGAGCAUCGGCGCCAUGGGCGUUGCCAGCUGGUACUGGGGAAUCCCAAUUGAGACGAUACUCGACCUGUAG